CACUGGAAAGAGAAGCUAAGAAAUCUCUUGAUGUGUGUAAACCAGUUUACGCAGCUUGUAAGAAACUAGAAGAUGGUGCUACUGGUUAUAUUACAAAAUGUUUUACAUCAGAGGAUAAUCUUUUAGGGGUAUUAAAAUCCUUGAAUACUGCUUUAGAUAAAAUGUUAAAAGUUGAUACUAAAAUUGGUAUGAUCUUAAAUGGGACAGCUAGGUAAAUCAUUUCAUAAUCACUAUUGACAUCACUAAGGCCCUAAUAAAAAUCUCAUAACUGUCUUGCAGCAUGACUAAUGGAAAUUAUUUCAAUCACUUUUCAUCUUCGAUUUAUCUACUCUCCAGUUUCUCAUCAUUCUCUUUAGGGUGAAGAGAGAAUUGAUUAAAGCUUCCGGUGCAGAAUGUGUUGAAGUCCUUGAUCAAAUUGUUAUAAAAGCAACGGCUACUACAAUGAACAUUGAUGCCAUAGGAUCACGGGAAGAUCUCUUUGCCUUGGCUGAAAAAUUUGUUUCCUUCACAAGUGUUCUGCUAUCUAAUACUGAAAGAACUCUAGUUAUUGAACAAAGGGAAAAAAUAAGAAUUUUAAUAAAGUCAAUCAAGAUUAGAAUUGCUCAAAUUCUCAAAAUGUUAAAAAAUAUUUAUAAUAACCUUGUUCCAAACAUACAAGAAGUUAUAGGAUCAACAUUAAGAAUACCAAUACCAACAGUUGAACUCACAACAAUAAAUCCAAACAAUAAUGAAAUUACAAAUCCAGUAGUAACCAAUCCAGAAGAAACCACUCUAGUGGAUAUAAAUCCACCCAAUGUAACAGAAGAAGUCACUUCUCCAGUAAAUCCACCCACUGUAACGAAAGUCGUAUCUUUUACAGUUCAAGGAGAUACAACUACACCAGGAGAAACAACUACUUCAGGAGAAACAUCUGUAGAAAAAAAAACGACUAAUGCAGGAGAAACAACUAUAGUAGGAAAAACUACUACAUUAGGAGAAACAACAACUGCAGGAAAAACAGCCACUGCACAAGUAACAACUACAGUACAAGCAACAACAACAGCUGGAGAAAAAACUACUGCAGAAGAAACAACUACACUAGGAGAAACAGCUACUGCAAGAGAAAUAUCAACUACAGGUAAAUCAACUACAAUUGGUAAAAUAACAACUGCAGGAGAAACAACUACUGCAGGAGAAAUAUCUACUGCAGAUAAAUCAACUACAUUUGGAGAAUUAAUAACUGCAGAAGAAACAACUACUGUUGGAGAAACAACUGCUACAGGAGAAACAACUACAGUAGGAGAAACACCUACAGCAGGAGAAAAAUCAACUGCAGGAAAAACAACUACUGCAGAAAAAACAACUGCUACAGAAGAAACUACUAUUGCAGGAGAAACAACUACAAUAGGAGAAACAUCUACUGCACAAGAAGCAACAAAUGCAGGAAAAACAACUAUUUUAAGAACAACAACUACAGUAGGAGAAACAACCUCAGUAGAAGAANGAUGA